UUUAAAAUAUUAGUCGCCUUAACAACUCAUUAAACUAAUUGUUAUCAUAUUUGUGUACUUAGAGAUAACCUCUUCAUUUGUCCGAGCACUACCACUUCGUAUUUCUUAUUUGCAGUUCGUGCAACGCAAUGUGAAUUAUAGUUUUGUAAUUUCUAUGUGAAAUGUGGUGCUUUAAUUGUUUGUCAUAAAAUAUAUUAGGAACAUAUGCGAUUUUUUUUCGACCGACAUGCCACGGGAUAUUUUGAGUGAAAGUUUGGCUGUCCUCCGGAUCAUAGAGCAUGAUGAUGAAGAGAGUUGGCCCCUGGAGGAUAAAGCACCAGCUUGUAAGCAAGCAAACAAGAAAAUUGUCAACCCCGCCCCAAGCAGUCAGAAAGUUGUCACAAAAGAUGACAGUGCCUGUUACUUCAAUUUUGCCCAUGGGGAUGGAACGAGCAACCGUCAACAAGAUCCAGUAUACCAGUACAAGACUAACAGUUUGCCAGCGGCAUCAUCCAUCAAUCAGUCCUGGGAUGAAAUAGUUUGUUCUGCACUGCGCAUAUCCCCCGAGGAUAUAGCCAAUCAGCUUUCACUCCUUGACCUGGCCUGCUUCAAGGCUAUCCAGGCCGAGGAACUCACAACAUGCGGUUGGAAUAAACGCAAUAAGCUGACGCUGACGGUUGCUCCAAACGUCGUUGUCUUCACCAAGCGCUUCAAUAGGGUGAGCUUCUGGACAGUACAAGAAAUACUCAACGGACAGUCACCAAAGGCCCGAGCGGAAACUUUGGCUCACUUCAUAAAGGUCGCCAAGAAAUUGCACGAACUCAACAAUCUUCAUUCUUUAUUUGCUAUUAUCUCGGCACUAAACAGCGCCAGCAUAUAUAGGUUGACUAAGACAUGGGCGUGUUUGUCGAAGAAAGAUAAACAGCAGUUCGACAAGAUGGCUGAAUUAUUUAGCGAGAAGGAUAACUGGUCUGCUCUAAGGGAAUAUCUUCGGUCGAUCUCAUUGCCUUGCAUACCCUACCUCGGUAUAUUCCUGACGGACCUGGUGUACAUCGAUAUGGCGCACCCGGCGGAGUCGCCUCACCGCGCCGCCAAGAUGGCGGUAGUACUACAUGCGUUACGUCGCUACCAGGCGUCCCAGUACGACAUCGCCCCCCUCCCCCACGUCGCAGCAUACCUCAACAGUGUCCGGUAUAUCGAGGAGCUGCAGAAGUUCUUAGAGGAUGACCAGUACAAGUUAUCAAUGAAAUUGGAACCGCCGUCACCUACGGGAAGUCGCACGAGCUCCAAAGAGUCUGUGAAGGAGUGCGCGGCGUUGUCCACGGUUGCAGGCUCCGCGGGGUCUGCGGCGUCGGCGGGAAGCUGCGCGGGCGCUCCGCCCUCGCUGCUGUCGCCAUCGCACCGUCUCGGCUGCGGCUCGCUGCGACUGCAGGCCCCCUUCCAGCCCAAAUUUAUACCGACGCAUAGGAAGUGCCGCUCACUCGGCUCCAACAUCUUCGGCAAGGGGACGGGGCAGGGGGAGGAGCGCGAGGGAUGCGCGGGGCAGACACCCCCGGGCUCCGUCAACCUGCUGGAUGAUACGCUGCUGGAGGCGCCAGUGGCCGCAGUGCCUCCGCCCACUGGAGCCCUGCAUAGUGAGCUUUCGAAUUCUGUGCCUUUGCAAUGCGACUUCCAGAGUUACGUGAGAAGGAAGACGGUGUUGAAGGACGGGAGGAAGAUAUCUCUGUCGUCAUGGCAACGCUUUUGGCUAGAACUUGUUGGAUCCGCGCUUGUAUUCUACGCUUCUAAGUCAUUUAAAGGGAGCAACCGCAGCGACUUUCGUUCGGAGCGUUGCAAGGUGGUGCCGCUGUCGGGAUGGGCGGCUGCCCUGGAGCCCCCCGACUGCUUCCAGCUGCUGCACCACGCUGCUGGCACACUGUACAGGUUCAAAACUGGUUCAGAAUCUGUCGCGAAGCAUUGGGUGGAAAAAAUAGAGGAGGUGAAUAAUAGAAUUGAGAAGCCGCUUCCCGCAAAUCUUAUGUCGUUCGAGUAACGAUCGCCGCCUUUUAAUUUAUAUAAUUUAUUAAUUUAAGUGGCGUGGAAACUUACGCUAGUAUCACACGAGGGCAGAGCAAUAUUGCAGUACUGCCAUUGUUUGAAGCAGUACAACAAUAGCAGCAUUACUCUGUUCCACUACUCUAUGUUGUCCUCGUGUGAAACUAGUAUUAGUGAUUUACGUCUGUACUGAAUAUCGCUACGUUUGCGUCCUCGAAGCAAUCGAAUAAUUUUAUUAAAUGGGCUUAUGGUGCUCAAUAAAUUAGCCAAAGAAGUUCUAAUUGUUAUAAUAGUGCACAAAACGCAUGGCAAACUGUCAUGGCCGUGUGUGGGCGUGGCUUGUACGUAGUCUGUCACAGUGUUGCCAUCCUUUACGUUCUUUCUGAGAAAAGAGAGAAUAUUGCAGAUGUCGCUGCAGUCGUUAAACACAAGUUACAAUUAAAUAUCGCCGAACAUCGAAAAUUUCACUCGCAUUGCAUUUAAGAUGGUUAUUGUUUGUUAAUUUGAUAACGUGGCGACAUAUUUAUAUAUGUUUUUGUGUCUCUAUU